AUGCGUUCCUCACAAAAAAGAAAAAGACCAGAAGCAUCCCAUCCACCCCCUAUCACACCUCGUACCUCUGGACCAAGAGUUGGCCACAGGGCUCCGUCAUCGACCCGAGCAUCCAACACUCCUGGCAAUCCCAUCCAAGCUCCCACUUCAUCAGCUGCGAGACAAUUGCGAACUCCUUUUGCUACAGAAACAAGGCCUGAAGCGGAUGACUCCGAGAGAGUCACGGAGGAUGAUGUCGACUAUGUCAUUGGAGCCAUCGACCUGAAGGACCAUAGCACUGUGGGAUGCUCGUAUUAUUCCACCGCUGAAGAGAAAAUGUAUCUGCUCAGCGACAGCCGUAUGGGGGGAGCGGAGGUCAUCGAUGCGUUGAUUCUUCAGAUCAACCCGACGGUGAUAUUGACCCCUCCUCGAGUCGAUCUCCUUGAUAUGCAGGACCAAAGACAAAAUCUCGCACAGGAAAACGAAACCCUAGGAUCGUCGUCUUACCUGCCGUACCAGAUGGAUGUGCGCCCAACGCAGGAGUUUAGCUACUCCAAUGCGCAGAGUAGAUUGGUGGCACUUGAUGUGGCCUCUUCUCACGAGGAACGCUUCCGCUUUUUCGUCCCCCAGAACAGUCUUGCUGGGCCCGAAGAAGUGAACAUCGAUGAGAUUGGCUUCACGCUCCAGGAGGGAAAGCUCUUGCACAUCUCCAGUGCAGUGGAUAUAGAGAACCCGGUCUCGAUGGGCUGCGCCGGAGCGAUUCUCACAUACCUACAGAGGCGAAGAGCUACAGGACCGAUUGUAGGGGACAUAACUGGCUGUUCAUUCAGGGUUCGUUCACUGGAGAUGUUCAACCUGAGGAAUACCAUGUGGAUGAACAGCAACACCUUCUUGUCUCUCCAGAUUAUCCAAUCUGAGUCACAUCCCAACAUGUUCAACCAAGGCCCCGGCAAGAAAUCAUCGUCCUGCAAAGAGGGUCUUUCGGUAUACGGUCUCUUCCAGCGCUUUGCAUACACUCCUCAGGGUAGGGCUAGACUCAGACAGAUGUUCUUCCGUCCAAGCGUGGACCCAGCUACAAUCGAAGAACGGCAUGAUUUUAUCGGAGUGUUUUCGCGGCCAAAUAACUUGGCCCCGCUGAAGAAGAUGUCUAAAGGCCUGAAACAGAUCAAGAAUCUUCGACCUGCAAUGAUCAACCUCCGCAAGGGAGUCAGCACGGGAAGCGCCAAGAUCACAGGUUUCAAGACGACUGUAUGGGCGAGUCUACUUGCAGUACAUCUUGUCUACUUCCAAUGUUGUGACACAAAAAAACUUACUAAUGUGGUUGCACAGUUUGCCUUUUACGCGAUUGACGUGCGAGAUGCGUUGCGUGAAAUCUCGGGUGCAGAUAUGUUGAGGAUCAGGCACAAGGCUCUCCGAAUAUUUGAAGCAGCACAGCUCCACAGAGUGGGACGGAUGAUCCAAGAGAUUGUCGACAUCGACAACUCGGAAGAACAAGGCAGGGCGGUAGUUAAACAGGGCCUUGACAGAGAUCUUGACCGGAUGAAAGACAGAUAUGACGGCUUGAGCAGUCUUCUCAAAACCGUCGCGAUUGAAAUUGCCACAACAAUCCCCGGGGACCUUGAUAUUGAUGUAAACGUGAUCUACUUCCCCCAGCUCGGAUUCAACAUCGCCACUCCACUCAAUGAUCGAGGAGAAGCGGCAUAUACCAGCUCCCAUGAAGACUGGGAAUUGAUGUUCAUUACGGAAAAUCGGGCAUAUUUCAAGGAUUUCCGAAUGAGGGAGAUGGAUGGUAAACUGGGCGAUAUAUACGGACUGAUCUGCGAGAAGGAAAUCGAGAUCGUGUACGAUUUAGCCCAGCGCGUCCUCCAAUAUGAAAGUGCUCUGGUGGAUGCAUCUGAUAUCUGUGGAGAGAUUGACAGUCUCCUAGCCCUCACUCAGGCGGCUAGCUUUUACAAGCUGACUCGGCCUCGGAUGGUCCAGGACAAUAUCAUUCGAAUCAAGGGUGGCCGCCACUUACUCCAAGAGUUGAAAGUGUCCUCAUAUGUACCAAACGAUACUCUGCUCGUGGGUGGGCGUGUACAACCCGAAGAGACCGAAGGCGCUUCGUCUCAAAUCCACAAUCCCAGCAUGUUGUUGCUGACUGGGCCAAACUAUUCGGGCAAAAGUGUCUAUAUCAAACAGGUGGCUCUGAUAGUCUAUCUCGCACAACUUGGCAGUUUCGUUCCUGCAGAUAGUGCAGAGCUAGGAAUCACCGACAAGAUUUUGACAAAAAUCAACACGCAAGAAAGUGUCUCCAAGAUCGAAAGCACAUUCAUGAAUGAUUUGAAGCAGAUUUCACUCAGUUUGAAACAAGUCACUAGUCGGAGUCUAGUUCUCAUCGAUGAAUUCGGCAAGGGAACGAACGAGUGUGAUGGCAUUGGGCUAGCCUGUGGGAUCCUCGAGCAUCUACUGAGCUAUGACGAUGCCCCCAAAGUCAUCGCAGCGACCCAUUUCCAUGAGAUCUUCGAACAUGGUUUUCUCAUGCCACGGCCACGGUUGCAUCUUGGGCAUAUGGAAGUUCAAGUCUGCGAACAAAGCCAGGAGGUAGAAGACCAGAUCACGUAUCUUUACAAGUGUGUCUCAGCAUGUUCCCGUCUCGAGUCAAAUGUGGACCGUGGUGGCUGA